UUCCCAUUAGUUUUCAUUGCAAUCCCCACCACUGACAAGCGAGGAUUUAAAUAGUAGACAAUGGUUGCUUCCCUUGAUUAAUGUAAAUUAUGGCUUCGUAUACGGUCAGAGUUGCUGUGGAAUCGGACUGUCCAGAAAUUAGACGGUUAUUCGCGGAGCAGGAAGAGGAUGAUGAUGAAGACUUAAAGUCACAACUUAGUUUAGAAGAUUUGAAGAAAUAUGGAUUUGGUGAAGAUCAGAAAUUUGUGAUACUUGUGGCUCAUCGUGUAUCAGAUACAAGUGCUACACCCUUCUUGGUAGGGUAUUUGUUUUUUAGCAAAAUCUUUUGCACUUUCAUGGGAAAGACACUGCUGGUUGAUGAUUUAUACGUUACUCCAGAAUACCGUAACCAAGGCAUAUGCAAACAACUGGGACAUCUUUUGGUGAAGAUUGCACUGGAGCAGGACUUUCGCCAAGUGCAGUGGUACACACCUACAAACAACGUUGAGAUAAAGAACCUGUGUAAUUUGGUUCAUGCAGUAAAUGAGAGCAAAAUUGACAACUAUUUCUAUUUGAAUUUUUUCAAAGAAGACAUAGAGAAGCUGAACAAUUGUAUCGAACUUUAAGGAAGUGGUAAUACAACAGAAAUAUUUCAACAUCGUUUACAGUAGAUUAACCUGAGAAAGAUGCAUGAAGAGGACCAAACAUGACUAGAUUCAUCUAAAUUAUACUGAAAUACUGAUAUAGAUAAGCUAAGCAGUUACAACAUAUUGUAAUAAUUAUAUUACAAAUUUUGUCCUCAUCAGCUGGGUUUUUUCCACCAAAGCACAUAUAUUUAUAUUAUACAUAUAGAUAUGUAUACGGUUUAGUAGCCACAUGAUCAUAGAUAGGCACAAACUCAUGCUUAUUCAUACUCAUAUGUACAGCAUAUACUCAAGGUUUUCUAAAUUAAUAUUGGUAUUUUAAUAUUGAAGCUCUGAUCUCAUCAGUAUUUUAAGAAUAAGAUUUCCUUAUUUAUAAAAUCGCAUUUAUACGAUUCUAAAUUUUAAGUGUGAUGUGUUAAAAUCCUAAACAAAAGAUUUCAAUCAUUCUGGCAAAUACCUCCACGUAAAUUUUCAAGUGGAGAACAAAAUACAAUAAUACUGUGGAAGCUGCUUAUCACUGCUGAUAAUCACUGACCAUGUUAUCAGACAGUUAUUAUUAUCAAAAUAAGUAGGUCCCAAAUGAGCUCAGGAUAUUCCAAACAUAUCCUCUGCUUAAUGUUAUUAAUGUUAUCAGUCGGAUAUUGUUAUCUAAAAGGCUCCGUCCCAAAGUGAUCACAGUAAGCAGCUUCCAUUGUAUUAGAAAAUUGUCAACAUUUAAUAACUGGUUUCAUAAUACUUUUUUUUACUUACCUUUUAAUGCCCUAUCCUAGUCAGAUGUUUAAGCUGUUGCCUUCAUUAUUUAUGAUUUCAUAUCUACUUGGAUGGAUUGAAAAAGAUCUUCAGGUCAAUUUGUCUCCAUUUGCCAUUGUUGUUUUAUUCCUUUCUUAGCUUGGAUCUGACUUUUUUUUUUUUUUCUGUAUCACAUUUUAUGUUGCAUAACUUGUUUUUUGGUAUGGAGAAAGAAUCUCUUUGUUGUCAGAAACAAAAGAAUGCAAAUUCCUUAAAUAUCUCUUAACUAUUUAGUUGUAAUUAAAUUAUUAUGCUAACAUUUCUAGUUUGGAAUUUGUAAGUUAGUCAACGAUUCUUUACAAAAAAAGUGAGCAAAGGGAAAUAACUGAAGCUCUGUUAUGAGUUAAUCCCCUCGAUAAUCCUUUCACAAAUGCUGCUUCCUCUAUUCUCAAGGGUUUAACAUUAAUUUACUUAAAGUUCCUGUACACCUGCUAUAUUCUCAUUUGUGUUAUUGGUUACCUAAAACAUCUUGUUUUUCUGUGAAAUGAUGUCUUACAUUAUCAUACAGUGUACUUUUGGAGGAGAAAUCCUUAAUCAAAUGAGAUUAAAGCUCCAAAUACAGAGGAACAUCAUUAAACACUAUGACAUUUUGUCCAGUGUUUCAUUAUCUCUGCCAAUUCAUGGCUUAUACUUCCUACGUAAUCACGACUUAUGUACCUCUGAAAUUAACCCUAAUUAUUAUUACCCUCACCAUCACCAUGUCCCUAGCUAAUUUUCCUUUUCUUGCUUUUAAACAUGAUUUGUUAUUCUUGUGUUGGUUCUAUGAUAAAACCAGAUCAUAUUCAUAAAGAAAUUCUGACAAUCAACCAACAUUAAGUUCUGCCAUAAUGACUGCGACGAAUAAUUA